ACGUCCUCAUGUGGAGUCAUUCUUUAGUCUCCGAUUGGAAAUUUCGCGUUAUCUUCGAGCCCUGAAACAGUUUUCACUGAUGCAGGCGCUUAAAAGGCAGCCCUCAGACCGUGACGUCAUUUGAGCGCCGACAGAGGAAAGGCCCUCUUUCUCUUGCAUCCUGUUUCGUCUCCGCUCCCUACGCUGAGAGUGAUUCGCAGGAACUGCACGUGCGCUGCUGAAUGGAGCUGAUCGCUGGUUGCUACGAGCAGGUCCUUUUUGGGUUCGUUGUACGUCCGAAGUCCAAGGCGAGCGGCGACCACGAGAAAUGGACUCCUGUGGCUGACUUCACUCACCAUGCCCACACUGCCUCCUUGUCAGCGGUGGCUGUAAAUAGUCGUUUUGUAGUCACUGGGAGCAAAGAUGAAACAAUUCACAUUUAUGACAUGAAAAAGAAAAUAGACCAUGGGUCUCUAGUGCACCACAAUGGCACAAUAACUUGCCUGAAGUUCCACGGCAACAGGCACUUAAUCAGUGGGGCGGAGGAUGGUCUCAUUUGUGUCUGGGAUGCAAAGAAAUGGGAGUGCCUGAAGUCGAUUAAAGCACACCGAGGCCAUGUGACCUUCCUUUCUGUUCACCCAUCUGGCAAGCUGGCCCUGUCUGUGGGAACAGAUAAGACGUUAAGAACAUGGAAUCUUGUGGAAGGAAGAUCGGCAUUCAUAAAAAAUAUAAAACAAAAUGCUCACAUAGUGGAAUGGUCCCCAAGAGGAGAGAAAUACGUGGUUGUCAUAUUGAAUAAAAUAGAUGUCUAUCAACUUGACACAGCAUCUGUAAGUGGCACCAUCACAAAUGAAAAGAGAGUGUCUUCUGUUACGUUUCUUUCAGAGUCUGUCCUUGCAGUGGCUGGAGAUGAAGAAGUCGUAAGGUUUUUUGACACUGAUUCACUAAUGUCCCUCUGUGAAUUUAAAGCUCAUGAAAACAGGGUAAAAGACAUGUUCAGUUUUGAAAUUCCAGAGCAUCAUGUUCUUGCCACAGCAUCGAGUGAUGGUUUCAUCAAAAUGUGGAAGCUUAAACAGGAUAAGAAAGUUCCCCCAUCUUUACUCUGUGAAGUAAACACUGAUGCCAGGCUGACAUGUCUUGGAGUGUGGCUAGAAAGAAUGAUAGAUGCGAAAGAAAGCUGUCCUCCAGUUGCAGAGCCUUCUCCUGUAAGCAAAGAAGAGCAGUCCAAAAGCAACAUACAGGAAUCUGGCAAUACAGUGCUGGAAGAGGAAAGGCAGUCAAAACCUAACACGAAGAAAUGUGGUGUAACUGGUGUCAGUAAUAAGACAACAAAAGGAAGUAGCCAGGUGUCAACCAAGAAAAGAAAAAUGCUAGAAAUGUUGGAAAAAAAGAGAAAAAAGAAGAAAAUAGGAGUGAUGCUGUGAAUCCCAGAUUUCUCCUAAGAGAAAAACUUUUUAGAUGGAAUCAUUCUUUUCAAAUGCAUCUAAAUUUUUUUCCCCAAGUAAAAGGUAGGAAUUUCUUUUUUUGGAGAAAAUGUACAGCUUUAAAAUCACUAUAUCAUUUUAAAGUUUUUUUUUUUUUUUAACAGUGGUAAAACUAUUUUUGGUAGGCAACAUUUUUUAUAUAUCAUGGUGAUAUAUAGUAUGUUGAUGUGUAAUAUAUAAUUUUUACUGUUGUGUAAAGCAAAUAAAGAACUUUCUCAAAGUAAUAUAUAGUUUUUAAAAAAUUCAAAACCUUGAACACAUUUUUUAUCAGAGGUAGAUAAAAGAAUUGUCUUUCAAAUUUUUCUCCUGACUAGGGGAAGAAUAAAAAAACUGCCUUACUUUAGCUGCUUCAAAUGGUUCUAGUAAUUUUAAUGCAGAUUUUGUUCAUUUUGUUAAAAAGUAUAAAAAAAUUUUCAUAUCAGGACGUUGGGACAAACUUAAAAUUAUGGACAUAUAAAAUAUACAUAUAAAACAUAUGUUUAAGUUUAGGGCUGUGUACAUAAGAUUAUUAGAGAGAUUGCCAAACCUCGUUAAACUAUUUUGUUUCCAGGCAGUGAGUGACAUAAUUUAAGGUCAGGAAAAUGACGUUUCCAUUUUUUUUUUUCUCAUCUAUUUCAGGCCAUAAGAAAACUAGCUAAUAUGACAAAUGUAGUCUUAAUUUCAGCCUGUUGACUAUAAUAUUGUCAUAUUUUUCUUACCUUCUUUUCUCAAUAGAUUACUGAAUGUUUUGAAAAGACACAGUAAUAGGAGAUUUUAGGUUUGAAUUAGCGGGACAGAUGUCAAAUACAUGAGGCUACCAGAGGAAUCCCUCCUGAUUAGGCAAGAUAAGAUACCUGACACUUGGACACUGGAGUUACCACUGACUUCAUAGGAGGAAAUCAUCUAGGGAAUGAACCAAAUUAUGUGUCUGACAUUUUUGUCUACCUCUUUUUUAACUUAUUUCAGGCCUAUAAACAAAAGAGGAAUAUAGGUUUGGUGUUUUGUUUUGAGACUUUUAUUUUUUUAAGAGCAGUUUUACAUUUGUAACAAAAUUGAGACGAAGAUACAGAGAUUUCCUAAUACCCCCUGCCUCCCCACAUGCAUAGCCUCCCCCAUUAUCGGCAUCACAGGAAUGGUACUUUUUUUUUUUUUUUUACAAAGGAUGUACCUACGGUUGACAUAAUCAUCCAAAGCCUGUAGUUUUCCUUGAGGAUCACUCUCGGUUGUGUACAUUCUAUGGGUUUGGGCAAAUGUAUAAUGACAUACCCAUUAAAGUAAUAGAGUAUUUUCACUGCUCUAAAACAACUCUUGUGUUCUGCCUAUUGAUCUCUCCCUUAUCCCCUACAGUCACUGGUCUUUUUAUAUAUUAUCGCCAUAGUUUUACCUUUUCCAUAAGGUCACAUAGUUAGAAUCACACAGUAUUGUAGCCUUUUCAGAUUGGCUUUCAUUUAGUAAUAUGCAUUUAAGCUUCCACCAUAUCUUUUCAUUGCUUGAUAGCUCCUUUUUUUAGUGCUGAAUAAUAUUCCAUUGUCUUCUAUGUAUCACAGUUUAACAUUCCUCUACUGGAGGGCAUCUUGGUUCCUUCCAAGUUUUGGCAAUUAUGAAUAAAGUUUCUCUCUUCAUGUGCAGGUUUUUGGGUGGACACAUUUUCAGCUUCUUUGGGUAAAUACUAAGGAACGUGAUUGCUGCACUAUAUGGUAAACAUAUGUUUAGUUUUUGUAAGAAACUGCCAAACUCUUCCAAAGAGGCUGUACCAUUUUUCAUUCCCACCAGUCGUGUGAGAAUGGCUGUUGCUCCACAUCCUCAUUGUUAGGUGUUGUCAGUGUUACAGAUUUUGGACAAUCUAAUAGGUAUAUAGGUAUUGCAUUGCUUUAGUUUGCAUUUCCUCAAUGACACAU